AUGGAUGCUCCGGCAGGAAUGUGGCCCUGGCUUGUCAGCAUCCAGUUGCCACAGCGAGGGGGAUUCAGGCACUGGUGCGGGGGAUCCCUUAUCAACUCGCGCUGGGUCCUGACAGCGGCUCACUGCUUUGGGCUGAAAAGGUACAUAAAAGUGGCAUAUUGGAGAGUGCUGGUUGGUGCCAUUCAGCUGUCCCAGCUGGGCCCCAGUGCCCAGGUCCGGUCCAUCAAGAGGCUGGUGGAACAUGAACAAUUCAACCCUACUACCUACAACAAUGACAUUGCCUUGGUUGAGCUGAGCCAGCCAGUGGAGUGCAACGACUACGUCCAGCCCGCCUGCUUGCCAGAUGGCAACCUGAAAAUUCAUGAUGAUAGCCGUUGCUAUUUCAGCAGCUGGGGCAACGUGGAUUCACAGAAUUUUGCGAACCCUAAGCACCUGCAAGACGUCAAAAUAUCCCUGCAGAACCCUUGGGCUUGCAAUGGAACCAUCUGGUAUAACAAGCGCAUCAAAGACUACAACGUGUGUGGUGUGGCUUGGAAAGGAGGCAUAGACUGCCAGGGGGACGGUGGGGGCCCCCUCAUGUGCAAGGAGGACAAUUCUGAACUCUACUGGGUUGUUGGACUCAACAGCUGGGGCAGCGGCUGCAAAAAGCCAGGGAUCCCCGGAGUCUUCGUCACGACUCGCCCCUUCUUCUCCUGGAUCGAGAGAAAACUCAAGGAGGCGUCCCAGCUUGGAGGCCAGCCACAGGCCAAGCCCAGCACCCAGCAGAUUCUAAACUGGGCCCCGUCAUGGACCAUGCCUCCAGCCUUGCCAAAGCCCACAGGAUGGACCCCCCCCAGGCGAACUUAUAGUUGGGUUCGGCCAAACUAUGUAUAUCCAGAUCACACAACUCGGCCCCCGAUCGUUUAUGUGUAUCAAAGGUUCCCAAAUGGGACCAUGAUUUACAGGAGGAAGAAGACAACGCGCAAGCCACAAUCCCAGUGGCAGAACCAGGGCUGGGCCCGGCCUAGACCCUGA